CACCAGAACACACAAAAGAAUCAAAACAAAUUCCAAACAAAAGAUUGGUUACACUCAGAUUUCUUUUAUGCUUUGUCUCUAGUUCACCAAAGAAUCUGCACCCCUUUUUUGUUUGGUCCCCUAUCUUAUCAUACAACCCAUCUCCACCAAGCAAGUUUUCUCUCAAUAAUUUCCUCUAUUUAUAUAGAGAGGGAGAGAAUUAUUGAGCAAAGAGAAACCAUAAUCAGAUGAUUAUGACUAAGUUAUUGUGUUUUUUACUCACAAUAACGUUGUUUCAACUAUUAGAAUUUGCUAUUUCUCGACGUGAGCAAGUUACAACACCACCAUUGCCUGUUUUGCCACUUCCAUCUUAUACUCAACUUAAAUGGCAACAAAGAGAGAUCAUAAUGUUCUUCCACUUUGGAGUUAACACAUUCACCGACUCUGAAUGGGGCACUGGGAAAGAAAACCCGGCUAUUUUCAAUCCAAUCGGGCUCGAUGCCAACCAGUGGAUCAGUGCAGCAAUGGACGCAGGAGUUUCUCUUGUCAUACUUACUGCAAAACACCACGAUGGAUUUUGCUUGUGGCCUUCAAAAUAUACUGACCAUUCUGUCAAACUUAGUCCCUGGAAAAAUGGACAUGGUGACGUGGUACAAGAGUUUGUAAAUGCGGCUAAAGCUCGCGGAGUCGAUGCAGGAUUGUAUUUAUCUCCAUGGGAUCGCCAUGAUCCGAGAUAUGGCCACGAUUUGCAGUAAAAUGAAUACUACUUAGCUCAAAUGCAAGAACUACUCACCAGAUAUGGAAACGUGAGGGAGAUAUGGUUCGAUGGAGCAAAGGGUCCAAAUGCGGUUAACAUGUCAUACUAUUUUACAGAGUGGUUCGCCAUGGUGAAAGAGUUGCAGAGUUCCAUUAACGUAUUUUCGGAUGCGGGUCCGGAUGUUAGAUGGGUUGGUAAUGAAAAAGGAUUCGCCGGAAGCACAUGCUGGUCGACCAUCAAUCGCACAUCUCUAUCAAUAGGAAAUGGAAGCAUCGUUGAGUGAUUUUUUUUUUUUUAUAUAAACAGAGGUGAUCCAAGAGGGACAGAUUGGUUGCCAGCUGAAUGUGACGUUUCAAUCAGAACUGGAUGGUUUUGGCAUAAAUCACAAUCACCAAAGAGGCUAAGUAAACUUCUUAAGAUUUACUAUAAUUCAGUGGGAAGAAAUUGUGUGAUGCUACUCAAUGUUCCUCCGAAUUCAACCGGGUUAAUAUCUGAAAUUGACGUUCAACGAUUGAGAGAAUUUAGAAAGGCCAUUGACACAAUAUUUUCAGCAAAUCUAGCUGACAAAUGCACUACAAAAGCUAGUAGCGUUAGAGGAGGCAAAGACGGUGGUUUUGGACCGGAAAAUGUAUUAGACUCUGACCAUUUGUGGACAUAUUGGGCUCCAAGAGAUAACAAAAAUGAUGAUUAUUGGAUUGAAAUUAAGGCUGAAGAUCAAGAAGGGUUGAAGUUUAAUGUGAUCAGAAUUCAAGAAGCGAUUGGGCUUGGUCAGAGGAUCAAAGAACAUGAAGUUUACGUUGAUGGUAAACUAGUGGCAAAAGGGAGCACAGUUGGGCACAAGAAACUCCACAGGCUUGAAUAUGGAGUGGUACAUGGGCAUUUUGUGAAGAUAAAAAUCACGAAAUCAAGGGCACCGCCUUUAAUUUCUUCAAUCGGUUUGCAUUUUGACCCUUAUUGGCACCCAAAUAAUGAGCAGACCUAAAUUCUGAGUAGCCGACCUCUUUUUUCUCUUUUGCAUGUGUUUGAGGGUCAUGCCCGUGCUCUUCUGUUUGAUCUCUUUUGUCCUAUGUACAAAAAAGUAUAAAGGCAACAGUGAUUAGUGGAAUGCAGCCACGUUCGCACAAAGGCAUAAAGGAAGAAAAGUGUAAGUGGAAUUUCCAGUAUUUCAGUUUGUGGGGUAGUCUCUUCCUUAUCUUCUUUCCCGUGAAUUUUCUGUUCAACUUUUGUAUAAGAAUCUCCUGAAAAUAGAAGAUGUUGGAAGCAUCAUUAAAAAAAAAAUAUAAUAAAAAAAUCACCAAUGAUUUAGAGUUUUGAAAGAUUCUAAUUAUCAUC